ACAUCGAUGAAGGCAUAGAAAGUAUCGAUACUGUAAUCGAUCUGCAUCUGACGACCUCGACUAAAAAGUAGUCGAAUUUACGUACUACGAAAUGCGCGAGGAGCAGGUUGCAGAUCUCGGCCAAUAUCGGACUCGGAGAUCUUACCUACAGGAUUGUAGUCAUCUGCUGCACACAGAUAUCGAGCUAUGGAAACGUCCGAACUUUCAGACAUUUCGCUUCCCGGCCUUACCCUCCUCGAAACAAAGACAGAUGCGAGAUCUGUGGCUAUGCCAUCUCUACCUGAUUUUACCUUGCCCGAACCAAGCAUCGUCCCGGAGGUAAGGGACAAUGGAGGGGCGGAAGACCUCCCCAAAACCGCCCAGUCGGGAAACACAGAUACCGGCAAGCUGGAAGGCCCCGAGAAACAAGCACAGACUUUGGGAGAGUACAAGAUAUGCAGCUUGUGCAAUGUGUACCUGAACUCCAAGGUUCAAGCCGACAUGCACUACUCCGGGAAACUACACCAAAAGAAACUCCGACAGAAGGCCUUGACUGAAUCGUUAGCAUCAACGGCAUCUGACAUGAUGAUGCCAGUCAGCCAACCUGGCCAACCAGAAAACACUGUAGCGAGUCCACCUGCGGAGGAGAAGCCUCACACGUAUCUACCACACUGCAGUGUCUGCGGGCUGACCUUCACAGGUGCAGAACAGGUGCAGAUGCACCUGACAGGGGCCCGGCAUGCCAAGAAACUCAGGCAGCUGGCCCAGAAGCAAAAGCUGGAGGAGGUGAAAGAAGAACCUGCGAACACUUCCUCAGUGUCGGCAGGUUUCUACUGCAAGUAUUGUGAUGUCGUUUGCACCGCUCAGUCACAGCUGGACCAGCACUUCCAAGGGAGUAAACACAAGAAUGUAAUGGAUGCAGCUAAGCAGGCGACCAGUAACCGUCUAGGGGCCCAACCUGCAUCCAGUGAGGCCGCGACACCUGCCAGCGCUGUGUAUGCAUGUCCCACCUGUAACGUAACGGCUAACUCGGAGCAGCAGUAUCUCCAGCAUUGUUCAAGUGCCAAACACAACAAUAAACUACUGAAUCGACCUGGAAAGGACAAGUAUCGGGAUCAUCCGUACCCCAACAGACGUGGAGCACAGGGCAUGGCCAAUAAUCCAAAGAACAACACCGCUACCAAGCCAGCCUGGGGCGGGGGAAAAUGGAAAAGCAGCAGCGACUCCUUCAAUCAGAGAAGCACCUUCAAUCAGAGAGGCACCUUCAACAACAACAGCGUGAGACCUGGCAGGGGCAGGGGCAGGGGGACGGGGAGGGGGCGGGGACGGGGUUGGGGGAUGCAGUCCGACAACCGUCCCAACACCUCGUUUGGUAAUGCCCACACAUCCCAGACCAGUUAUUCUGCAAUGCAGGGCAGUUUUGGCGGGGGGUACGACAGAAGCACCAUGGAUAAAAUCUGGGGUGCUAGCAAUGCCUCACUAGGAGGUGGAACAGGGAGGAGUUGGCAAGGUGAUAGUAAGGCGUCGUCCCAAGAGCAGAAACAGUGGGGUUCCAGCAACAUGCUGGUGGAUCCGUACGGCAUGCCAGACCUGGACAGUUUCGUACGGGAGAGUUCAUCAAAGGAUCAGACUAACUUUUGAGAUAUGGGUACCACAUAAUGCAAAGGUAGGGUAAAAGCCAGUACGUCUGCACGGACGGAAAUCACGCCUGCAGCUUUGCACCAUCAGAAUAUACUAGCCAAUAAGUCCACAUGGAUAGAAUAACUGGCCAGUUAGCGUAGUCUCCAUGUGCACACGUAGCCUGUUGGUCUGAGCAGGUACAGUGCCAGCUGCUGCUAAUCUCCAAUGACAGAGUACUAGCCAGUUUUUAAAUAUGAGUUCUCCGUGGUAUUUUCCAGCUUCAUCUCAAAAAACAUUGUCAUCGUUUUUUUUAAACUGCUAUUUCCCCCUAAAUUUUAAAGAUAUUCACUUUGGAAUGAGACAUUAAAUGAAAAAUCCACCGACGUUUAGUUAUUAAAUUAUAUCUUCACAAAAAUCGAAUUUUUGACUGCCAGACUGUAAUUUAAUGCUUGCAGCAAACAUGACAUUCCUUUUAUGGAGGGUUGCAGACGCCCAAAAUUGGAGUAAGGUUUUUUUUUUUCAUCUUUUAAACAAAUUUAUACAAUUUUUUUAUGUGGCAUGAGGCAUGCGUCCUUAAGCCUAUGCAGAUUGUAAGUGGCCAAUAAUAACUGUCCACAGGCACAACACUUGCUAGAAUAA